AGUUUUUUAAUUUUUUUAUAUGGCAGGAUCAGUGGGAAAGGGAUCUCACCAACGAGAGCCGACAAAACUAUGGAGCGAUAUGCAACAGGAGACAAGACGAGAAGAAGCUCGACUUUACCGCAUGGAUUUGAAUGUUUACAUGCUAACUAAAUAUAGCCUGUAAAAAAAUAGUUGUAGCUGUUACAGUCGACCUGCCUGCCUAAUCAGAGGACCAGAAUCGAAAGCAAUGUUUUUGAGAUCGAGAGAGUGGAUUAUGUUACAUGCUGAUUUGGAUAACGCUCGCGCUGCUACUGCAAGAUCUUUCCGACACUUGUUGAAAUUACAUUUCGAAAUCUUCUCCACAAGGGAAAGUAUUCGCUAAUGAAAACAUUGCUAACAACUAUAUUUGGGCAACGUUAGCAAAUAUUGUUUUAGUUUACAAAUCUUUAGCCAACGUAAGUUGCGCUUCUCUUCUGCUGUUCGUGUCGCGUUACGCGGUAGCUACUGUACGAGCUUGCUGCGUAGCUGUAAUUUUUUAUCGAACAUUUUUAUACACUGCAUAAAAUGACAGUUUUGAUAGCUUUGAAGAGGUUGAAGUACUUAUUAUUUGUUAUUUAGCUACGCGUGUUGCCUCAAUUGACAAUGCAUUGCUGGAUACGUCCUCAAAUAACGUUACUAUUUUAAGCUAAAUUGUUAAUGAAGAAAAUGGAAGUGACAGGUAGCUAGCUAGCACUGGCACUCUCUCACGCUAGCUAGUUAACAUAACUAGCUACUGAUUGAGUUUCAAACAAGUUGUUGGCUUAUUAGUUUAGCUAACUAUUUACAAAUGUAAAUAUUUUCCCAUGUUUUGACAAUACGUUGGGAUGUAUAGAACUCAAUAACUUCGGUAAGCGUUACCUGCUGGCACCGUAAACACAUAUUUUGGAAUUUGUUUACAAACACUUGUCAGCUGAACUGUUCACUAUUGUUAACUUAUGUGGCUAUCAAGCUAACGUUAGCUAGCACCGAAAAUUUGCCAACGCGACGAUUUGAAGCAGCACUGAUGGAUUCGCUAAAAGUGGACUGACAAUCAAAACCACACUCUAUAUUUGUGCCCCAAGCACUCUCUUUACAUUUUUUAAGUACAAUUUUGAAACUGUGCGGCCCACACCAUGUCCGGAUCCCCGGGCUCGGGUGGCUCAAACCCCAGGAAGUUCAGCGAAAAGAUAGCGCUGCACAACCAGAAACAAGCAGAGGAGACGCUGGCCUUCGAUCAGCUUAUGACAGAUCUCACUGUCUCAAGGGUGCAGUUCCAGAAGAUCCAACAGCUACGUCAGACCCAGACCAGGGCCCAGUACUAUGGAGGCUCCCUGCCCAACGUCAACCAGAUCGGCAACUCUAGCGCCGACUUCCAGGGUGGCUUCCCAGGGGCCUUGGACAGUGUCAGGGGGACACGUCACCAUGGCCUGGUAGAGAGGGUGCACCGGGACCGCAACCAACGCAUUAACUUGCCUCACCGCCGGCCCAUCGACAAGCACGGACGGCAGAUGGAGAGCUCCCCGUACGGAACAGUGUACCUGUCCCCUCCGCCAGACAACAACUGGAGAAGGGAGCAGCAGCCGUGGGCCGAGGAGAAACGACCAGGAUUUAGAUUAAUAUCACAGCUCAACAGAACCAACUCGGACUCGGCUCUUCAUACGAGUGCCAUGAACCCCCAGGACCCCUUUGGCAUGAACCAGCAGAUGGGCAGAGGGCCCCCCCAGCGCAACGCCAGUGUGAACGAGGCGGAGGUGGACGGCUCUGGAGAUGUGUUCUCCUUCCCAUCCCUGUCUAAUGAGGAGGGUCUGAUGGGUGUCAGCAAGCCCCUGCCCAAGCAACUGUGGGAGGCCAAGAAGGUUCAAUCCCUCUCAUCACGGCCCAAAUCCUGUGAAGUGCCUGGAAUCAAUAUAUUCCCGUCUCCAGAGCAGAACGCGGGCCUCUCCAACUACCAGGGCUCGUUGAACACGGGCGGUUCCCUGCCAGACCUCAGCAACCUGCACUUCCCCUCACCGCUGCCCACACCCCUGGACCCAGACGACGGGCACCACGGAGGGGGAGGCUACCACCCCAACCUGAGCGGGGGCAGCAGCACAGGCAACCUGCCCGCCGCCAUGAUGCACCUCGGCAUAGGGAAUCACCAGGGAGGCUGGACUGAAGGAGGUCUCUCGUCCUCUCUGAGCAAUCCUUCCAUCCAGAACUCUCUCCAAAACUCCCAGCUGCACUCGUCCCUCAGCAAUCCCUCCAUCCACUCGUCCCUCCGUCUGACGUCCCUCUCCAACCCUCCGCAGGGAGCCAUGAGCAGUUCGCCUCGCCGCCGCCCGGCUCCCAUCAGCCCCCUCACUCUGUCACCCGGCACCGAGCAACGGCGGGGGCUUUCCAAGCAGCUGUCUCCCACAAUGUCCCCCUCACUGUCCCCCAUCACACAGGGGGUUGCCUUGGACACCAGCAGCUUGCCAAUGGAGCCUCCCCCUCCCUACCCUCUCUACCAACAGCUACACCAACAGUCCCAGCAUUCAAUGGGGCAACAACAACAACGCCAGCAACAACGUCAUCAUCAGCAUCAACAGCAGCCAGUGUCCCCUCUGCAGAACAUCUCUCUGGACUUCAACUCUGGUCAUAACAACAUGGCGGCGUUCUUCAAUGACCCGUUCAUGGACCCACAGUUCUCCAGUCGCCAGGCCAAGGCACUGUCCUACCAGGUAAACCACCGGGGAGAAGUCUCUAGAGAAGGAUCCUCCGGAAAGGACUUCAUUCCCUCAUUCACAUUGGACCAGUUCAGCAUGUUGGAGAGUGCAAUGAGCCAAAUUGCAGGCGGUUCGUGUUUCGACCCGUCCUCGCCCUCUUCCUCGCCCCUAUACUGCUCGCAGGCCGCCCUCAUGGGCCUGGGUGGGAGCCACGGCAACUUGCAGGACCAGCUGCAGCAGAUGAGACCCAACAACAACUACAACUGCAGUGGAGGGGUGCCCAAUAUCAUACUGACUGAUGACUCCAACCCCAGUCAUUCCAAGGACAUCAGCAGUGCCAUGUCGGCCGGCCACAUGGCUGACUGUUUCGACUCGGAGGUGAGCUUCCCACUGGAGGAUGAGCUGCGCAUCGAGCCCUUGAGCCUGGAUGGUCUGAACAUGCUCAGUGACCCCGACAUGGUGCUCUCUGACCCCUCGGUGGAGGACAGUUUCCGCAGCGACAGACUGUAAUCGGGCACGCACACAUACACACACACAGACUGUAUAGGCCAGGUAGCGUGGGUUAAACUUGAAUGAUCCCCACCUCCCUCACACACUCAUGGCAUACGUAUGCAAUUUUUUAAGGCAUUUACACACACACACACUAUUACAGAGGAAUAGACUUGUGUACAAUCACUGUUUACAUGGGCUUCACAUGUAAAUGCCACACACACACACGCUCUUACCUACGUUGUGCAUAGUCAUUUGGAACGGAUGGACUGAUGUACCAUUGAUUGAUAUUAUUUUUUUUAUUUUUUACCAACAUUACAUCAGCACUGAGCAUUACUAUAACGUUACUAUAACGUUCCUAUAGUGUUCCUCCACCUAUUUACAGUUGAAGUUGGAAUUUUACAUACACUUAGGUUGGAGUUAUUAAAACUCGUUUUUCAAACACUCCACAAAUUUCUUGUUAACAAACUCUAGUUUUGGCAAG